AUGGCUCUUUCUUUUGUGGUCGUUGAGUUCCUUGGUGAACAUUCAGUCGCUGUUGUCCCAACCAAAUGGACAGAAGAUAAUGGAAAGAAUACCUUCUGCUAUUGGCCAAGGCCAAAUCCUACCCACUCCAGAAUCCGGAAAGCUGAGAUUCCUGACAAACAAUUCUGGGAGAGGCUGCCAAUUCGGGUUUUCAGGAAAACAUUGACUGCGAGUACCAGACCACUUCAGCCAAUACCAGACCACUCCAAGGCAUCCAGGCCGACCUCACAGCCCAGCGAGAAGCAGCACUUCCAGGCUCAGUCCAGACAGGAAUGCAUCCAGCUCAAGCCAGUACCAGACCGCUCAAGCCAGUACCAGACCACUCCAGCCAGUACGAGUCAGUACCAGACCGCUCCAAGAAGCAGCAGGAAUGCCCUUGACAGUGAACUUUUCCAGUUGAACAUGAAAGUUCAAAAUAUACUUGAGAACCAGGGAGAAAUUAUGCGCAUGCUGAGAGGGCUGGCAGCACAGUCUGUGGGGCCAGAAUCUGUGGAUGUUCAAGAUCUCAUUGAUCAGCCUUUCGAGACUCUUGAGCAGCUGAAGGCCUUAUGUGAACGGCUCGACACUGAUCUUCUGCUCAGAAAGCAGCUGGUGAAAGCUCUUACUGCUCUUGGUGGGCAGAAUUUGGCAGACACGGUGAGGACAAUGCUGAGGAAAAUUGCCACAAACAAAGUCCUGGAGCAGCUUGGCCUCCGUGGAAAGUCAGGAAAAGUGGCGUUUGAGGACUUGCCCCUUUACAGAAUAAUAAAUAAGGCAUGCAGGGGUGUUUACAAGCAGACGACCACAGCUGAAGUGGAUUGUGAGCUUGGAGAGGUCCUGAAACUGGCCACUUUUCGAAAGGGAGGUUCAAAAUUUGAGGAGAAGAGGAGGAAUUAAGGGGGAGGACAAAAAAGGAAAAAAUAA